UUGGCAUGACAGUGUAAUCGCCUAUUCCGCACACAAACAGUCCAGCCAUCCGACAGACACGAUUCGUUUGAAGCUACUUCAAAUAUCAUUUUUUUCUUCGUUUUCAUAAAACCAAACAAAUACAAUGCCUAGUGGACGUCCUUUGUGGCAGGUUGCCGGUAAAAGAGACCUGGACCAAGAAGCCGAAGCUCAGCAAUGGAUCGAAGCCGUUACUGGUGAAAAGUUUGCACCGGGUUUGCCAUUCGAGCUAGCACUCAGGGACGGAGUUUUGUUAUGCAAGCUGAUGAACAAACUGGCACCGGGUAUUAUACCCAAAAUUAACACUUCAGGUGGCGAUUAUAAGAUGAUGGACAACAUUAGCCAAUUUCAAAAGGCUUGCAUUGAAUACGGUGUCCCGGACGUCGAUCUGUUCCAGUCUGUUGACUUGUUCGAACAAAAGAAUGUAUACAGAGUGACCAUGACGAUAUUCGCUAUCGGAAGGACGGCGCACAAACACCCAGAGUGGAGAGGCCCAUCCUUGGGACCAAGGCCGUCAGAGGAGAACAAGCGCGAUUUUACUGAAAUGCAAUUGCGGGCCGGAGAGGGCGUCAUCGGACUACAAGCCGGACAGAACAAAGGCGCUACACAAGCCGGCCAGAACUUUGGAAACACCAGAAAGAUAUUGCUCGGAAAAUGAGAGCGUAAACUCACAAUCACCUAUACUAUACGUUUUCGUUAUAUUUUAAAAUUGAUCUAACAUUAUUAUUUUGUAUGCGUUAUUGUUAAUGUCGUUGAUGCGCCUCGUGCACAACAACGGCAAUAUAUAAUAUAAUUAUAUCAUUUGUUUCGCUAUCGAUGUCGUUGAAGAGAAAAGAUGGAAAAAUUGUGUUUAUAAUUAUUUAAUAAUAAGAAAAAUGAAAAAAAAAUAUUCUUAUAUGUAAUAAAAUAUACUCAAUAAUGUUCUUAUAGAA